CGGGUCUCUUGUAAUUGAUGUCUGCAGAAUGGGACAAGCAAGAUCGCAUCAGCAUUCUUGCCCAGCCAAAAGUCAACCACCAGAUCCUCUUUUGCAGGCCAACGAUCUACUGGGUAGAUAAAAUACCUAAAGAACUUCCAAGAGUAACUGUUCCAGCCUUAACUUCCAGACAAGAAGAACUGUCACAAUCCAAGAAGGUUAAUGCCGACUUCAGAGGUGACAGACCCACAGCUGUGUGGCCCAUCUCACGGGCAGCACUCAACGCCGAAGCAUCAUCCAGGGUGAAGGAACUGGCACAACCCCGGCCUUUUAUAGAUGACUGGGCAUUAAGCCGCCCCCGUUUCCCUUUGGUGAGCAAAGGAGCACUGAAUGCCACUCCCUCACAACGGGUAAUAGCACUAGCUACACCAAGGAGCCUGCCGGUAUCACCUUUAAAGAAGCCACCUAAAAAAACACCCCGUGGCCCUAUUGCUAAUGUUGCCAAGUUUGAGGAACUCUCCAAACCACGGAUCUACAUGUAUGAAAGCCACAAUCCCUACAAAGUUUCCAAGGCAGCUCUCCAGUAUGUUCCUAGUUCUCGCAUUUUGGAAAUCAGCCGUCCUGUGAGAAUGAGAGCCAAAGCAGCCCACAUUACAUAGAAGACACUCUUUCUUUGUUUUGGCCCAGUAACAAAUCUGAUUAAAGGAUGUUUUCUGCUCCCCUCAGAUCUGUAAAUUGAGUGAAUUCUUUUUCCGUCUCCUGCUUAGUUGUGUGAUAUCUUCAGUCUAGCACAACUCUGUAUUAGUCUAGCUUUUAUUAUCUAUCUUGCAGAACACAAACAUGUGACAAAGAAUGUACCCGAUUUUUUUCCAACUUUAACUGUUAUAUACACAGGGGUACAUGAUACUCUUCAGCCUCAAUACAACUCUUGAAUGAUACUCUAGAACCUGCUUAUGUAAGAGCCAAACCAGAUAAUAAACUAUAUUGUUAGAAUCA